CGCCAAUUGAAAUUCGAGAGCCGCUGAUUCGUCGAGACCGUUGUCGAUCAGCGUGGUGCGGUUCCGAUGUCAUGAAAGACGCAAUAGACUUGACGCGGGGUGCAAUCGGGCCCACCUGGUGUUGAAGAGCGCUGGAGCUCGAUCGCCUCGACGAUAAGAGAAUCGCAGAGCACCAGGCCGCGGAGCACGAGAAGCUGAGUGCAUGCGCUUUCCAGAUGUUAGUAAUGCUCGGUUGCCCAGGGCGCGCUGCGUGGACAAACAACGCAGAGUGGGGCUCAAGUCGCUGUGAUCCUAGUCAAAAUCGAGCUAACGGACGCGGCCCCGUGCAUCAGAGAUGAGGGGCAAUAGCGAGUGGAUGGCCAGACGUUGAAGAUUACGAAUGGGCCGCUCGCAGAAGUUCAAGUUCACAUAUAUACUCAAACCACCCUCCUCCCCAGUGUUUCUUCUCAAUUUCUCCCUACCAUAUCAUAUCUCGACCCACACACAAUCAUGUCUGCAGGCGAGUGUCCCAUGAAGGCAGCCAACGUGUCUGGUGGCGGUACUCAGACACGCGACUGGUGGCCGAACGAGCUCAGGCUCAACGUCCUCCGCCAGCACGACCCCCGCCAGGUUCCCUUUGGCCAGGACUUUGACUAUGCUGAGGAGUUCAAGAAGCUCGACUACGAUGCCCUGAAGAAGGACAUCGCCGCCCUGAUGACCGACUCGCAGGACUGGUGGCCUGCCGACUUCGGCCACUAUGGUGGUCUUUUCAUCCGCAUGGCAUGGCACAGUGCCGGUACCUACCGUGUCUCUGACGGCCGCGGUGGCGGUGGUGAGGGCCAGCAGCGCUUUGCCCCCCUCAACGCCUGGCCUGACAACGUCUCGCUCGACAAGGCCCGUCGCCUGCUGUGGCCCAUCAAGCAGAAGUACGGCAACAAGAUCUCGUGGGCCGACCUGAUGCUCCUGACCGGCAACGUUGCUCUUGAGACCAUGGACUGCCCAACCUUCGGCUUCGCUGGUGGCCGCGCCGACACAUACCAGUCCGCUGAGGAUGUCUACUGGGGCGGCGAGACCGAGUGGCUGGGCAAUGACGUCCGCUACCACGACGGCAACAAGGGCGUUGAGGGUGAGGGCAUUAUGGACGGCGACCAGCAUAAGAAUGAUGUUACCUCCAAGGAGCAAGUGCACACACAGCGCGACCUCGAGAAGCCUCUCGCCGCUGCCCACAUGGGUCUCAUUUACGUCAACCCCGAGGGCCCUGACGGUGUCCCCGACCCAGUUGCUGCGGCCCACGACAUCCGCACCACUUUCGGCCGCAUGGCCAUGAACGACGAGGAGACGGCUGCCCUGAUCGUCGGUGGACACUCCUUCGGAAAAACACACGGUGCCGCGCCCUCCGAUAACACCGGCACAGACCCCAACGGCGCCGACCUUGCUGCGCAGGGUUUCGGUUGGGAGAACAAGCACGGCCGCGGCAACGGGCCCGACACCAUCACAUCCGGUCUCGAGGUCACCUGGACCGGCACACCCACCAAGUGGAGCAACAAGUACCUCGAGUACCUGUACAAGUUCGAGUGGGAGCUUGAGAAGUCUCCUGCCGGUGCCAGCCAGUACGUUGCCAAGGGAGCUGAUGCCAUCAUCCCCGAUGCGUACGACUCCAACAAGAAGCAUAAGCCUCGCAUGUUGACCACCGACUUGUCCAUGCGCUUCGACCCUGCAUACGAGAAGAUCACCCGCCGCUGGUUGGAGCACCCCGAGGAGCUUCACGACGCUUUCACACGCGCGUGGUUCAAGCUUCUCCACCGUGACAUGGGUCCCCGCUCCAGGUGGCUCGGUCCCGAGCUCCCCAAGGAGGUCCUCAUCUGGGAGGAUCCCGUACCUGAGCAGCAGGGUGAGGUCAUCGGCGAGAGUGACAUCUCGGCGCUGAAGAAGGAGAUCCUUGACGCUGGUGUCGAGCCCUCAAAGCUCAUCCGCGUUGCCUGGGCCUCCGCUGCCUCAUUCCGUGGCUCUGACAAGCGCGGUGGUGCCAAUGGUGCUCGCAUCCGCCUUGAGCCCCAGAAGAACUGGGAGGUCAACAACCCUGCUGAGCUCCAGGAGGUUCUCAAGGCUCUUGAGGGUGUCAAGUCCAAGUCCAGCAAGAACGUUUCUCUUGCUGACUUGAUCGUCCUCGCUGGUGUUGCCGCUCUCGAGAAGGCUUCUGGUGUAUCCGUUCCGUUCACACCCGGCCGCACCGAUGCGACCCAGGAGCAGACUGACGUCCAGUCAUUCGAGCACCUAGAACCCGUCACUGACGGUUUCCGCAACUACGGAAAGGGCACCGAGCGUGUCCGCACCGAGCAGUUGGAUGUUGACAAGGCCAACCUCCUCAGGUUGACCGCACCCGAGAUGACCGUUCUUGUUGGUGGUCUUCGUUCCUUGAACGCCAACUGGGACGGCUCUUCUCACGGUGUCUUCACUAAGCGCCCUGGUCAGCUCACCAACGACUUCUUCGUCAACCUGCUCGACAACAAUGUCGAAUGGAAAGGUGCCGACUCCUCCAGCCCUCACGAGCUGUACGAGGGCAAGGACCGCAAGUCUGGACAGAAGAAGUGGACAGGAACCCGUCACGAUCUGAUUUUCGGUUCGCACCCCGAGUUGCGAUCCAUCGCCGAGAUCUACGCACAGCCGGAUAACGCCGACAAGUUUGUCAAGGACUUCGUCGCCGCGUGGGACAAGGUUAUGAAUUUGGAUCGUUACGAUGUCAAGGCGAAAGCGGUGAGUGGCACAUCAAGUGUUUCGAGCAGGCCUCGUCUUUGAGCGAGUGAUUCUUUGUUGUGUGCGCUUUAGCUUCAGCAAUAAAAGCGCGAUUCACUGACGAGUAAUGAUAGUAAUGAUACCGUAAAUAGAGCUGUAGAGCCAUAGCUACCCAAAACAACGAUACCUAGGUAGCUGUUAGUGUAGGAUCAGAUGACAGACAGCGAAGCCAACCAAUUGGAGCACUUAGCUAUGAGUUAUGAAAGUAAACUAGAUCAAACACAAUUUGCGGUACCUUUGGUUCUCGAGUGAUGUUUUGUGAGGUUGGCUUUGACUUGCGGCGUUGCACCUGUGCGACUUCUAAAGUAUGGCUCAGAACGUUGGGACCCGCU